UUUCUUCAAACUUUCAAUAUUACAAGGUAAUUGUGUGUUUAUUUCUUAGUAGCCUGUUCAUAAUUCGUACAAACCAGUCGGUUUUAAGACGCUUUCGGGGGCGGUUUGCUCGGAAUUUCUUGCCAGUCCGCGUCGCGACAUUGUUGCUUUUUAUUGUGCUUUAAAGGAACCUUAAUUUUUUAGUGACGAUGGCCGAAACUCUUCUUCUUCCCCCCGAGGAACGGGGUAAUUGUUCAAUUUCCAGAUGGUACAAAGGAAAAUCCGUUUUCAUCACAGGAGCUACAGGCUUCAUGGGCAAAGUCCUUAUUGAGAAAUUGCUCUAUCAAUGUCCUGAAAUAAAAGAAAUUUACAUAUUUUUAAGAUCAAAAAGGGGACGGAGUCCUGAGCAAAGAAUCGCCGAUAUGUUCAAACUUCCAAUGUUUCAACGUCUUAAAAAGGUGGACCCAGAUGCCAUUAAAAAAAUAAAAUCAAUCCAUGGCGAUAUAAUCCAAGAAAAUUUAGGUCUGAGCACUGCUGAACAAAGUGUUUUAACCGAAAAUGUAUCAGUCAUAUUUCAUUGUGCUGCUACAUUAAAAUUAGAGGCUCCACUUAAAGAUGCUAUCGAAAUGAACACGGCUGGCACCGAAAAAAUUUUGGAACUGGCCAAAAAAACGAAACACUUGAAGGCACUGGUACAUCUGAGUACCGCAUUUUGUUCUGCUGAUUUACCGGAAUUUAGAGAGAAGGUUUAUCCUUGUCCUGACAAUCCCAAGGAUGUUAUCCAAGUGGUUCGAUGGAUGAGAGACGAUGCUCUCGUUAAAGCGACCCCUGCAAUCAUCCACCCCCAUCCGAAUACAUACACUUACAGCAAAAGGCUUGCUGAAACCCUUGUAGCUUCCGAAUAUCCCAAUUUACCAGUGGUUAUUGUUAGACCUUCAAUUGUUACUCCGGCUGGCGUUGAACCUUUACCUGGAUGGGUGGAUACUUUAAACGGUCCCAUGGGUCUUAUGGUGGCUGCUGGAAAGGGUGUUAUACGCUCAAUGCAUGUGAAAGGAGAAAAUCGUGCCCAAGUUGUGCCCGUCGAUCUCGCAAUUAAUGGAAUAAUUAGUGCCGCAUGGAAAAUUGGAACUAUCCAAACUAAACCUAAAGAAAUUCCCGUGUACAACAUGACACAGGAUGCGGUGAAGAAAGUAACUUGGAAAGAAGUUUUGGAUACAGGAAGACAAGUCGGACACGAAUAUCCCUUCGAGAUGCAAAUUUGGUAUCCGGAUGGAGACAUCAGAUCGUCCAAAUUGAUGCAUCAAAUCUGUUGUAUUUUCUUGCACUGGAUUCCGGCAUAUUUUAUCGACUUUUUGCUCUUUGUAUUCCGUCAGAAAAGAUUUAUGGUGAGACUUAUGCACAAAAUAAACGACGGUUUGGAAUUGCUACAGUUCUUUACGACACGGGAAUGGAUUUUCGAUAGUACAAAUUUCUUAGCGUUAGCUGGCGAACGGACGCCGGAAGAUAAGAAAGCAUUUUUGAUAGACUUUAAUAUUAUGACCCCUGAAGAAUAUAUGAAAUUGAGUGUUCUUGGAACUAGGCAAUACUGUAUGAAGGAGGACUUGUCAACGAUACCUAGAUGCAGAAGAAUCCAAAAAGUAUUAUAUAUAAUAGACAGAUUAUUCGCAUUAUUCUUCUAUAUGGGAUUAAUAUGGUUAUUGUGUUCAUUUUCUGAUACUGCCAAAUCGAUAUUUGAUUCUGUUGGAAAGUAUGCCAAAAAUGUACCUGUUGUUGGAUCCCUCGUACCAACUAGUUAAAUUUCCAAAAGAUAGAUUGUUGUUAUAAGUAAAUCAAAUGGUUGAAAAGUAUGUGUAUCAUACUUAAACUCGUUAAAUACUUUUAUGUUGUAUACGUUUUGGUUGUUUUGGAUUUGGUAGGUCUGUUUUUAUACUUUAAUU